AUGGCUAGAACAAGAAGAAAACCCUCCUUUUUCAAGGCUCUUGUACAUGACUUCUCCAACCAGUUGAAAAUCCCUCCGGCUUUUUACGUGCAUUUUGCUGGAGAGGUACCUUGGAGGUCUGUUCUCCGGACCCCAGCUGGAACUUGGAAUGUAAAUGUGGAAAAGGUUAAUGAUGGUUUCUUUUUCCAAAAGGGUUGGAAGGAAUUUGUGCACGACCAUGGUUUAAAGCUUUGUGAAUUUCUAAUUUUUCGAUAUGCUGGAAAUUCGAAAUUUGAUGUUGACGUAUAUGGAAGAAAUGGGUGCAAAAAGGAGUUUGUAAUGGCGGUUAGCAAAAAUGACGGAUCCCUUGAGGAGGGACAUGAUAAUGCAAUUCAUGGAAAGCAGAAUGUAGAUGGCCAGGGCUUUGGCUCAGCUGAUGGAACUACAACUAGUCAAGCCAUUUGUGCCAUAAAAAAUGAAGUAAUUGAUGUUGAAUCUGAUACAUCGAUGGAUAUUGAUGAGCCUGAUACUCAACAGGAUCAACUUAACGAGGAUUCCGAAAUUGGGUUGCCUAGAGAGUUGGGUUCUACAGAGCAUUUUUAUUCAAGGACUCAAAUGGAAAAUCCGAGUGAAGCUCUUGAAGCAGCCAAAAAUUCUCUUCUAAGCAUCCUUUCUUCAGAGCUAUUAUGCAUAAAGCAUAUGUGA